UUAAUAUUUAAGCCCCCAAAGUUGACAACUUCGUCCCCUCUCUCUCUCUCUCUAUCUCUUUUGUUGGUCAACUCAACGAAUCUCUUGUUCUGUGUGGAUGGGGCAGCAAUCGUUGAUCUACAGCUUCGUGGCGCGUGGGACGGUGAUAUUGGCAGAGCACAGUGACUUCAGCGGCAACUUCACCACCAUAGCCCUCCAGUGCCUUCACAAGCUUCCUGCUUCCAACAACAACUUCACUUACAACUGCGACGCCCACACCUUCAACUACCUCCUCCAUAAUGGAUUUACUUACUGUGUUGUGGCAGUGGAGUCUGUUGGUAGACAGAUUACAAUGGCCUUUCUUGAACGUAUCAAGGAGGAUUUUACUAAAAGAUAUGGGGGAGGAAAGGCUACAACAGCAGUUGCUAAAAGUCUUAACAAAGAAUUUGGACCAAAGCUGAAAGAGCAUAUGCAGUACUGUGUGGAACAUCCAGAGGAGGUUAGCAAACUUGCAAAAGUGAAAGCUCAAGUUUCUGAAGUAAAAGAAGUUAUGAUGGAAAACAUUGAGAAGGUUCUUGACAGGGGAGAGAAGAUUGAGGUUUUAGUGGACAAAACAGAGAAUCUUCGCUAUCAGGCACAAGAUUUCAGGCAGCAAGGAACCCAGUUGAGGAGAAAGAUGUGGUAUCAGAACAUGAAAAUCAAGCUAAUAGUUUUUGCUAUCAUAAUUGCCUUGAUUCUCAUUAUUGUUCUUUCUGUGUGUCACGGCUUCAAUUGUGGUGGAUGAUUCUCCUUUAUCAAGAACUGUAGCUUCAUGGGAUUGUUUUUCUUUUUGUUCUUUUUUUUUUUUUUUUUUUGUAAUUUAACACUGCGUUUGCAUAAAACGAACAUCAAAUAUUUGUUUAUUCUCAAAGAAAAAUGCAAGAAUGGAAAAUUGGUGCAUACUACAGUACUUUAGCCAUUUUUCAUUUCUCUAGCAUCUAUAUGGAUUUUGGAUAAUUGUAUAAAUUUGGUAAUUCUUUACUAUAAUAAAUCAA